CAGGCGUCAGCGAGGACAAGAGAGACAUCUUCAUUGUCUGGGUUUGUGUGGAGUCUCUCUGUGUGGAUGUGGGAGCUAUUGCCGGUUGGACGGCCCGUGUUAAGAAAUCCCGAUAAUCCAAACCCCAAUCCAUAUGAAGGGCUGCAUGAUGUAGAUCCAUAUCGUCGCCCUACAGUUGCCUAUCAUUGGGAUCGGGUGUUUGUUUACACAGGAAGCUCUCAUGUGCGAUACAAGUGCUAUGUGAAUGAGUUGGACACCUUAACUGCUGAGCAGGUACCAACAUUUCAGUUCCUUCUAUUGUAGGUUUUCUGACGGCCUUAUGAGAAUGUGUACCUAACAUCUCAGCUCGUCCUAUUGUUGUUGGUUUUCUGGCGGCCUUAUGAGGAAGAUCGUGAGUACGACCUCAACAAGAUGUGCACGCGUGAUAAUAAUAUUUGGAGGUUUAGGAGUCCAAUGAUAUGCUUUUACGCUGUCGAGCAUCACUUUGUAGACCGUGUUGCCAGGCAAUUUGAGAAACGACAAGGUAUUCCAAUUGAGGAGAACAAGUCGGUAAUCACACAUCUGCAUGGGUACAAUCGAAGGAACAAUCAGGAUAUAUCGGAUUGGGUGAACAAACACCAUCACUGGAUAGCAUUGUAGAAUCAGAGAGAUAGGUUAGUUGACUUAGAUAAUAUACCCCACAAUGAUUAAACCUACCAGAAAUAUCUUGUUUGGUAUGGGCAGCGUUACCGGUUGGACUAGGGAAGAGUGGUCCGAGUUGGUGUCAGAAGAUCCAUCGGCUGCAGAAGGGUAUCAUGCCUUCAACAUGGCUGUACGAGAGGCCGCAGGUAGUCAAGCUGACUAUGCACCCAUGUAUGACGAAAUGGUCAGAGAGUUCCUUAUGUGCGUGAACGAUGCCAAUGUAGCACUAAGUCAUCCCCCACGAGGUGCAUUUUCUGAGAGAACUCUUAGGACCACGGUGGAGGUCAUCAGCGAUGCGGCCAGAGUUGCCGUUCAAGGUGGCUGAAUUACUUUUGUCCGAGGCUGAAGCACGGCAACUUAACGCCGUCGGACGAUGGGAUGUAUAGACAGAAAGGAAACUGGUGAGUGGCUCUCGCGCUGAACUCAACUCUACUGAUUUCCAGCGCUAAUCAGAGCUAAACAUCACGCUAACCUACAAGCCAAUGACAGAAAAGGAUUUCCUCGCUUUGUAUUAUAAAGCAACCAACCAAAACAUCCGACAAAAGGUGCUGGAACGGAAACAACACAGUCACGUAAAAAAAGAA